AUUCUCAACUGGGCAGGGUCACCGAAAUAAAAGGACUUUUACCAUUCCCCCUUUUCCACCUCGUCAUCGGAGGAGCUUCCUUUUUCUCUACAUUUUCUCCUCCCUUUCCUCCGUCGUUCCCGAUCCCUAGCUUCGUUACCAAACAAACCCAAAAAAGAUGGCCAAUGCAGCAUCAGGAAUGGCUGUGCACGAUGAGUGCAAGUUGAAGUUUCUGGAGCUUAAGGCAAAAAGAACCUAUCGCUUCAUUGUUUUCAAAAUUGAGGAGAAGCAGAAGCAAGUUAUUGUGGAGAAGCUUGGUGAGCCAACUGAAAGCUAUGAGGAUUUUGCUAAAAGUCUUCCUGCUGAUGAAUGUCGAUAUGCCGUCUAUGAUUUUGAUUUUCUAACGGCAGAGAACGUCCAAAAGAGCAGGAUUUUUUUCAUUGCAUGGUCUCCUGAUACAUCACGGGUCAGGAGUAAGAUGAUAUAUGCUAGCUCCAAAGACAGAUUCAAGAGAGAACUGGAUGGAAUUCAAGUGGAAUUGCAAGCAACAGAUCCAACUGAGAUGGGUCUCGAUGUCAUCAAAAGCCGUGCAAGCUGAAUAUGGAUCUUUUAGGUCUUGCAAUGGGGGCUUCGUCCUGUUGUCUUUACUUGAGUGAAAUGUUUAUAGGUUGUGGAAUGGUGAACUUGGAUAAUUAGGAUGCCAAUUUCCAAGUCUUGCCAUAGACUUUUAUUAUCUGGAAGAUAAACCUGUGCUUUCGGGUAUAUGUGAUUUGUUAUCUAUAGAACCUAUGUGUUGAGUGCCUCUGUGUAGUCUUAUCUCUUUAAGCUAAUAUGUAACUGUUUGUGAGGGGUUAGACAACACCUUUAGUUCAUAUUCAAGCUUUUGUUUUAUUAUUAUUAUUAUUAUUUUAAUAUUGACCCUCGUCAAGUUA